AUGAAACCUAAAAUUAUGGCCAAGAAGGAAUUGUCCAUAUUUGGAGGUUCCUCAGAAGAACACGGCUCGCUCAGGGUCGUGGCCGAUUCUCUUUGCCAAGACCUGUCCGCCAACAACCUCACAAGUACAGUCCCAUCCACAACAUCAGCAGCAAUCGAUGAAGAUAAGGCAAGCUGCCAAGACGAUAGAGCUAUUGAUACUGACAGCACUGAUUGGGAGGAUUCAAUUGAGGGGGAGAAUAGUAAGAGCGGUGUGGGUGAGACGAUGUUAUUCCAGCGCAUCCCAUUAAGACUCGACCCAGCCCCCCAACGUCAAUCUCUCAUCACUUUAGCCCUUCAGUCAAUGCAGCAUCAUGGUCUCACGCCUCGAUCUGGAAACAUCGUCCCCAAAUCGAUCUCCACUGAUGUACAUCGUGAAAGGGCCCUCUUGUCUUCCAUGACGGUCUCACCAAGCGAGUCAGAUCAGGCACCUAUAAGGCAAAAGCCUGGUGGAACUCCCACGCAGUCUCUGAAAGAUGCUGUCCGCUCAUCGGCGCAGCCUAUCCCACUCACCAGUCACGAUGUCAGCGAGCCUGUUAUCUUUUCUCCAAGAACGACCCGCCGCAAUAUGGUAACCACUGAGCUCACCGAGUCGCUACUCCGCCAACUCCUCUGGGAGAAAAUAGAAAAAACCUUAACCGCCAAUGCCGUUCUCAAGCGUCGCUAUACAUAUGGAGAUGCAACUACUUUAGGCCAAUAUCCGCAACGAUCCUAUGCCACUAAAGACAGUAGCGAUAUUGAUGCUUGCAGCUGGGAUCAGGACUUUAUUCGGGAGGCCUUCGCUGGAUAUCAUAGUAGGGGCUGGUAG